UGCUUUCCCUAAAGAGCGAGGGACGUGAUCACUCAUUGUGCAUCAUCUACAGGUUUGAUUCACUGUUAUUUUUUGAAAGAGGGAGCACACCUGUGAUUACACUCAGCGUGUAACUUACCCAGCACUGCCAUGCUCUGGCAAAGCUUUUACAUCAUCUGGAGCUUCUCUUGCUUGUUAUGGCUUGAUCAAAUUCAUGUUUCAUCUGGAAUCCUUUGUAAACCAGGUGAGAAAGCCACGCGCUCAAAGACCAAUUGUGAACCUUGUCCAGAUGGCCAAUACAACCAUAAACAUAGUGAAAGUAAAGAAUGUCAAAACUGUGAUCCUUGUGAACUGAAUAGUUCUGAAAUUUCACCCUGCACACUAACAAAUAAUACUAAGUGUCGUUGCUUUGCCGGCUUUACCCGUUUGGACGAAACACAAAAAAUAUGCAUUUGCCCUGUAGGAUCAGGGAUAAAGCAUUUAGAAAAUGGAUUGAGGAUUUGUGAGAAAUGUCCGCCUAACACUUUCACUGAUGCAGUGAACUCUGAAUGUCGACCGUUGCCACAGUGCAUUCAGAGCAGUGAGACAAUUCCAGGAACUGUCACCUCUGACAUCAAUUGCAGAAAUGCAGCGGAAUCAGUAGUACCUCCCUCCUCCUCCUUGCCUUUGUCUUCCACAUCCACCAGCACAUCAACCAUGACUGUAACCACCAGCAGAAACUCCAUCUCUACCCCCACAACCUCCUUUCCUGUGUCCCAAGACAGCAGGAAGCAUGCCCUCUGGCUGGCCUCUCUCGCAGCUUUUCUGCUUCUCAUCCUGAUACUAAAGCUCAGCCAGUGUCCUAAGAAGAAGACAGACAUAGUACGACAAGGUAGUGCAUGUGGAAAGCCAGUUGAGGAGUCUGGCGAGAAAUUCCUUCCUCCUGUCUAAUCCUCUUCAUUCACAUGCCAGUCUGUAAAAUUGCUAUGAGAAAAAAAUCAGCAGUAGGUAUUAUAUACCACUGAGAGCCACAGUAUUUUACUGCACUUUACAUUGCUGUAGCCCUGGUACAUUGAAUCUGUUCUGUGACUAAAAGAAACUGAAACUGACUGAUAUGAUUAUCAGAUGCCCCAUUUAAGGAAACUUCACUGUCACAGAGGUGUUUUUUUCCCCCACUUCAUUUAAAUGUCUCUCUUGAUCUUUUUGUUUGGGCUGGUUGAGACGUUAUGAUUACAUGUUAUCCUUUUAUAGGAAUGAUUUAUAUGUCAUGUUUUAAGUUAUGAUGACCCAGUGCUCAUGGAAUGAUUUUGAAUUAUGGAUUAGCAUUGGAUCAUUAUUUUGUAUGCGGUCUGUUUUUCUUUGAUUAAAAAGUCAUUUGUUUGUCUUUUAUAUUAAAUAUAGAUAUAACUAGAAAUGCAUUGGGCAUUAGACCUUAUAGAAAGAUGUCGACUGUGUUAGUCACCUUCGAAACUACUGUGUAGCUGCUGAAAAAAUAUCACUGCGAAGCCGUGACCUUUUACUGGUGUUUCCAAAAUGACCUUCUAUUUUACCAACCAAAUGAGUCUAUGCCUUGUGAUGACUCACAAACUCCGGAGAUACCAAACCUGGAUAACAUGUAGGCUUAGGACAAACUGAGAAUGAUUAUUCCAUUUGUAGUGUUUUGUUUGUUUGUCUCCUUAUGUGGAUAAGGAUAUUAGUAAACGCUUCCUGAAAAAUAGACAUGUAUAAAUGUUUAAGAAUACAAAUGGGUUAAAAAAAAUAGUUAGGUUAUGUGGAGAGUUGGGCACAGUUAUUGCUCCGACAUGUAUACGUUAUUUUACAGUUUAUCUACAAAACAGAUGUUUAUUUUUAUUUAAGAUUUCUUAUUAAAACCCAUUAAAAUAUGGCGUAUA